CGAUCGCACACGUCAUUACUAUUGCUGUGCUGUCCCUCUCCUCCCCUGGAGCCAACGCUAACCCCAGAGUUUCUUUCGAAUCCAGAGAUAUGGACCGCUGUAACACAUCAUAUUCUUUCGGAAUACCUGGAGUCGUCGACGACACAUUCCAAUGUGCGGCAUCACUUGUGCGGUUGCGCUGCGCGGUCACGGACCGUUGCUGGCUGGUGAUACAACAGCGGUGAGCACCACGCUGGACAAGAGUUUGGAUACGAUUAAGCAUCGCGGGCCAGACGCGAAUGGGCAUUGGAUUAGUGAGGAUUGUCGCGUGGGUAUCACUUGGACAUAAUCGGCUUGCGAUUGUCGAUCUGACUCCGGAGGGGGAACAACCAUUCCAUGAUGUGGAGGGGACGGUGCAUGCGGUUGUGAAUGGGGAGCUUUAUGGGUAUGAAGAGAUUAGGGAGGAGCUGAGUCGUGAGGGGUAUAGGUUUAAGAGUCGGUCGGAUUCAGAGAUUGCGCUGGCGUUAUAUAAGAAGCAUGGGAUGUCGUUCUUAGAGUAUUUGAGGGGAGAAUUUUCGUUAUGUCUGUAUGAUUCGCUUGCAAAGGUGGUCAUCGCUGCUUGUGAUCGGUAUGCGAUCAAGCCGAUGUAUUAUACGAUUUUGGAUGGGAAACUUCUGGUUGCUUCUGAGAUGAAGGCCUUCCUUCCGUUUGGAUGGAAGCCGGAAUGGGAUGUACAAAGUAUCAAAGACGUUGGUUGGCUCUGCGAUGGACGAACAAUAUUCCAGGGCGUAUCGAAGAUACUACCUGGUCACUAUUUGGUUUGCAGGUCUUUCAACACAAUAUCGCAGUACAAGUACUGGGAUGUCCAAUUCAAAGACAAGCGACAAGUGGAAACACGAAGUGAACAGGAAAUGAUCGAGGGCGUUCGUGAACGACUUCUAGACGCUGUUCGCGAUCGUCUCCGCGCUGAUGUACCUAUCGGCGUCUUUCUGAGUGGCGGCAUCGACUCCAGCGCAAUAGCAGGAAUGAUCAAGCAUCUGAUGGACACUGAAGGCGCGCGACUGGGCACUGCACCCGCAUCCGAGCGAAUGAAUUGCUUCAGCGUCAAGUUCAUAGGCGAGGAACAUGACGAAGAACCUAUCGCGCGCCGAACUGCAGAGUGGCUAGGAGUGAAAAUGCAUCACUGCGAGAUGACCGAGGAGAACUUCGCUGCCAACAUCGAAACUGCAGUCUGGCACAACGAGGCUGCUGUGACAGAUCUAGGUACAGUAGGAAAGUUUUUGUUGUCCAAGACUACCAGCGAUGCUGGCAUCAAAGUCGUUUUGACUGGCGAAGGUUCAGACGAGCAUUUUGCUGGCUACCGCGAGCUACUUACCGACUUUGUUCGCGAACCCGAUGCCUCAUGGCCAAAUACUACUCUCGCAGAAGCCGAUCGCAUAGCCACUUUUAAUGAACUCGAAGGCUCAGAAACCUCUGGCCCCAAAGAUCUCUCCACCUCCGCCGCCGUGCGCGCCCAGGUAAACAACACUUCAUUCCUAGGCUUCACCCAAACCGCCUCCCUUCGCGACACUCUCUUCGCACCCUGGGUACCCCAUGAGUUCGGCACAAGCGACAAGCGUCUCACAGCCGUAAACUCCCUCGACGGCUGCACCCGCGCGCUCAUGGCGAAAAAAUGGCAUCCACUUCACACAUCCCUCUACAUCUGGACGAAAUCCAGUCUCGCAAAUGGUCUCCUCACCGUCCUCGGCGACCGCUGCGAAAUGGCGCACAGCGUGGAAGGACGCCAGCCGUUUCUCGACCACCGCCUUACAGAGUACGCUAUGGCGCUGCCGCCGUCGGUGAAAUUGCAUUAUGACCCUGCUACUCGCUCUUUUAGCGAAAAGUGGAUUCUUAAGGAAGCCAUGAAGCCGUUUGUUACGCCUGAGCUGUAUAAACGAAAGAAGCAUCCUUUCUCGGCGCCGGUAAGGUAUAAGCCGGAUGGGCCGGUGCACAAGUUGUUCCAGAGGCUGAUUACGAAAGAGAAUCUGGAGAAUCUGGGGUUCUUGGAGUGGGAUAAGUGUAAGGACUUGUUGCAUGACGCUAUCUAUGAUGGGAACAGGCCGAAAUGGAGUCAGAUGAUUCUCGUGGGGCAGCUUGUUAUUUUGAGCAAGCAGUUUGGGGUGAAGAAGGCGAUGCCAGAACAUACUAGUCUCAGUGACUACUGAUUAUACAUGUCGUUAGUAUAUAUGGCUAGUAGCUACAAGCGUUUUGAAUCUGAUGCACAUACUCGCCUACAAAUUGGCACCAAUUCAUCGUGC